UGUCGGUCCUGCCCACACCUGGCACUGGAUCGAAGGACACACAAACCAUACUGACUGCUUGUUAUAAAGGCAUAGUGGGUGAUGACGUUUUUUGUUUACACCGCUAGCCCCGCCCCGUCACGUGACUGGCAGUUACAUUAGGCGCUGUCAGGCCGCUCUCCGCAGUUAGUUCCGGGUGUCGGGAUGACUGAGGCUGUAUUCCACGAGCGGCAGCGGCUCGAGCUGUGCGCGGUGCACGCCCUCAACAACCUGCUCCAGAGGCCGGAGAUCAGCCAGCAGCUGGCGGAAGACAUCUGCCGGGGGUGAGAGGGGAGACCUAGUAACACUGGGCCCAUAGCGCUCGAGGGAGUGAAUCCCGGGCGGACUACAUUUCCCGUGAUGCUUAGCUAAGGCUUAACAAUGACUGCCUUGGGUACCAGCUGGCUGCCAGGCUCCUAUUAGGGAUACAGGCAAAGUGUAUGGGGGGUGGCAUAACAGUGCUCUAACUAUAGCAUUACCGACCAAUCUGAACGAGCUACUAUGGCUUUAGUUUUCUAAACUAUUACUGCACAAUAAAACUAAGUGAGCAUACAAAUAAAGUAAUUUUUUUUAAAAAAGAUAAAAUUUUAUAUAUAUAUAUAUAUAUAUAUAUAUAUAUAUAUAUAUAUAUCUAUAUAUAUAUUUGACCAAAAAAAAGUUUAUUAACAGGGUAUCAUGGUUAAAAGGCCUUGGGUGCUUUUCAAGGUUAGAAGGCAUCACCUGAGCACCGGAACUUUGGGCAAGAGGCAAAAAUGUGAAAUAUAACUUAAUUAAAACCUUUUAAAGUUUAAACGAGUUAUGGAAAAAAAUUAACUACAAGACGAGAAAAUGUAUUCUUUGCGUCCAAGACCCUGGGACAACCUGGAAAGUGGUGGGUUUAGGAGAUAAAUCGGUUAACUACUAAAUGCUGAAUUUUAGUAAAUUGAAAGCUAUUCCCACCUAAAUAUUGCAGUUUAGUUUUCGGUUCACUAAAAAUUUGGGGGAGGCUUAUCAAAGUAUCCUGAGAAAUGUCUUUUAUUUAUUUAUUAAAUUGUUCUUUAAGUGUUGUAUAAACGUGGUGACUCUUCUCCACCUAAGUUUAUCAACUUUACACAAAAAAAAAUUAAUUUCCAAAAGAUCUCCACGUUUUGGGGGGGGGGUUCUAAUGGAAAAAGUGAUAGAUUAUUAAAUUCAUUGUGUUGCCCAAAAAAAGCAUAUUGUAAAAUAUGACAGUACAAUAGAGGUAACAGACAAAAAAAUUCAACAGACUUAAUAAGCUAAGCUAAAAAAAAAAGUGCUAAAUUGUCUGUCACUACUGCAACUAAAUCUCCUCUUCUGUUUUUAGUGAAUAAACUCCAAAGGAGAGAGGUUAAAUUUUGAGAAAGUAUUCUCUACAGGGAAUGCUUAAAAUGCCUUGGAUUCCAUAUAAUAUUGUAUAGAUUGAUUCAAGUGAGUAGCACAUGGAUGUAGUCUAUUUAAAACAUGGCUUGUAAUAGAUAUAUAUUUUUUAUGUUCAGUCUCUAAGGUACUAUAUUUUUCGGGCUGACUAGUUAUUUAUUCACUUUAACGGUGUAUCAUUUAAAAUGGUCUCUUCAAAAUGAUUGCUUCUUCCUCAAGCAGAGGUGACAUUAAAGAUCCAACCCUAACAAACUACUAAAGUAAUAAUACUUGAAAUGUAAAUGACUUAAUUUUCAUGACAAACUUUGUAAUAGCUCACUUGACUGUAUAAGUAGUUAACUGCUAAAUUGCCAUUCUCAUGUUGUUUCUCUUGUAUUUUUUACUUUUAAGGUUGUCACCAAACACCAUGAUUAACCCUCACCGCAGCAUCUUGGGAACUGGUAAUUAUGAUGUUAAUGUUAUAAUGGCUGCUCUUCAGACAUUAGACUAUGCAGCUGUGUGGUGGGACAAACGAAAGUAAGUGAAAUAGUCUUGCUUGGAGACAUGUAUAUGUUUUUAAUGGUGAAUAACAAGUAGAAAAGUUUUAAAUGUGGAAAACCAUUUGUACUAUAACUAGCCUGUGUAGGUAAACUGAUUCAUUACACCUGUCUCGCAUACUUCUUACAUGAGGGUCAUAUGCAGUGAAGAUGCUGCAGUGGAAAAACUGUACCAGUUGUUUAGCCACACUUGGCAAGCAUCAAACCUACCAUACCAAGAAAGCAUAAAAUAUACUUGGUUUUAGAAAACAAAUAACCUUACUAUAGAUGAUAGUUUAACAAAUCCAAGGAGUCUGGUUAAUAUAAUUUCUAAAUAUUAACUUUUCUACUGAUCUUUCAUGGUUAUUCACUAAAUUGAAUUGCUUAGUAUUUCAAAGUAAACUUUUUGAUUUUCAGCCAAAGUAGUUGAAUUGAGAAAGACAAGUCUACUUAUCAACUGUUUGGCUAUUUUGGCCCAAAAUGUGACAUUUUAUUUCAAUUCCUGAUAAAUCCACUUGAGUAUUAAAUAGUUCUGUUUUCUCAUAUAAACAGCUUGCUACAGUCUUAAUCUUACGAAAGAUGUUUGUCAGCACCUGGCACAGAGCAUUUAAAAAAAAUAAAAAUUUAAAAAAAUCCUUGUUAAGAAUACUCCCACUUUUUGAACGAGUGUAGCUUUCUACAAAGUGACCACAGCCAAAAUGAUGUAUGCUUAACUAUGCAUAUAAAAAUGCAAAUUGAAACUCAUUAAAAUACACAGAAAACUAGUUUUUAUUGCAGUUUAUUUUAAACUAUACAUUGUGCACAUCACAUUAUUUUAUACCCAAAUUAAGUGUUGCCAUUUAUAUGAAUCACACCGAAGAGCACAUACUCAAUACAUCCAAAGGAAUUGUGCAUCAGAUGCCUCCUUUGUAUGAUGACAUGCUAAGGAGCAAUUAAAUUUCUGAAACUGACUCAUGCACAUAGUUUGAGUGACACCAUCCUACUGGAAUGAACAUUUUUAGUCUACUUCCUUCAAGAAUUCUAUGAAAGACCAUAGGAGUUCAUAUAAAUUGUGAAUCUAUCUGGGGCCCUUAGUUGUGGCACAUCAUAGUGUGUUUGUAUAUCAAAGAGGCUAUACUGAUACUGGAAUUCUUUAUUUUCCUUUAAAAUAAUAGUUUUUUUUGUUUGUUUGUUUUUUUUAUUUUUUAUUGAAGAGUCAAAUUGUUUAGUAUUAACCAGACACGUUUUUUUUUUUUACAUUAUGAAAUGUUUGUUUACUAUGGUGAUAUGCAAGCAAGUGCUGUACUCUGAUCUGUUGCUAUUCAUUGGCUAGGUAAUUUGGAUUUUCAAGUUGUUUUUAAUUUUUAUUUCUUUUUUUCCCUUCUAAAAGAUCUCUGGAAAGUUUAGUCUUGAGUGAGAUUUUUGGUUUCAUUCUGAAUAUCCCAUCUCCUAUAUCGGUGGGAUUUCUUUCACUGCCCAUCACUCGCAAACACUGGAUCGCUGUACGAGAAAUCAAUGGAGUUUUUUUCAAUCUGGACUCAAAACUGAAAGCCCCAGCCAAACUAGGAGGCCCUGUGGAGCUUAAGUAAGUAAAUUAAUGUUUCUUAUGUGCUGGGAUAGUGAAGUGUCAGGCAGAAGAAAUAAAAUCUGAUCAGAACAUGUCGUUCAAAUAGGUCUCCAAAAUCCAGUUGACUGCAAAGUGUGCCAAUUGCUGAUUUAUUUAUUUUAGUGUACAAUUAACAAUAAGAUGGAUUAAGAACGGAGUUUGCUAAACCGAAGCAAAAUUGAAUGCAAUGAGAAAAUUUUCCAACUCUGGUAUAAUCCCAACUUGAUUAAUUUUGUUUUCAGUUUACCAUUAAGACCCUAAAGACUUUUCAGCCCAGUGUUUUGUAACUUCUGGUUCUGGGCCCUUUGUUGCAUAUUUCUGUAAGCUUGCAAUGGUUGCAACAUGAUCAUCAGGCCCCAGGCAAUGGACCACAAAAAGUUGUUCCAAGUGCAGUAGACAGCCCUCUGACACCUGAAAUACAUUGCAUUAGCACUGAAGAAUGUAAUGCCAUGUUAAAAGAAAAAAAAAUGUAAGUGGCUCUGUCACCUGUGAGUAUUUUAUAAAGAUGUAAUCAUUACGAAACGCUCAUUGAAUUAAACUGAUAUAGCUCCUGGCAGAUGAAUAGCUAGGAGCUAAAGCAUGUAAAAAUAUGCAGAGACCCCCAAAAGUGACUGGUGAAACUGCCAACAAAACGUAUAGAUAAAGAUACUUAUUCUUUAAUAACGUUUUGUGCUCAUUGAGGGUGCAUUGAAAUCUGACAUAUUUCCAUUUUUGAUAGUGUCCAAAGCACUUUUUAAUGAUGAUAGAGUUCAUAUGAAAUACAAUUUCAUCUAUGUCCUGUGACAUUGCCAUCACUUGCAUGGAUGAACCGUUAUAUCCUUAUAUCUUGAUGAACUCUUUACAUUGAGUUCAUGAAAUCAGAAGUCUAAGGGCAACUGUGUACACAGAUGGACCAUUUUCCAGUAACUUGGAAUCCUCUAAAUGUGCCCCUCUCUGCAUGUGCAUAAUUUGUUGGAAGGGAACUGUACAUGUAUCCAAUGUGCCCAUUCCCAGAGGUUACUUUGAAUGUGAAAAGAAAAAUAUUUCAAUAAGUAUAUAUUUUUGUCUAGACGUUUUUGUUGUCCGUUUCACCAGAACAGAAGUGCCCCAAAGGUAAAUCUCCAGAUGUUGUAGAGCUACAGCUUCCAUGAUGCUUUGUCGUUCUAUAGGCAUAAAAAUCAUCAAGGGAAUUGUAGUUUUAAAACAUCUGGGGGUCUACUUUUUGGGCACCCCUGCACUAGAACAUUCCAUAGAUUAAAUAAACCUCUUCCUGAAUCUAUACUUCUCAUCCACCAAAAAUGAAAUUUGUGGGUGACUUUAAAUAAUGCAAAAAGUCAGUUUGUAUCAAAAUAAUCAAAUACAAUAAAUCUUACAUAAACCUUUGUCUGUGCACACCAAACUCUUGCCACUAGAAGCACUUUUAUGCAAUAUCCUCCACAUGCCACAAACUAAUUGGGGCUGUUAUGAAAGUGGCAGUACUUGCGAACAACAUCCUGCCAGUUAGUUUUCCUCUUCUGAAUUUUUUUAUAUUUUGGGCUCCAGUAUGUUUUGUCUUUUAAUGUGUAUAUUCCUAGAUACCUUGUUGGCUUGUUGUCAGAGUUAACUGGUAAUUAUUGGAUGUUGUCUCCAUGAAAUUGACUCGCCUUAGGAUAAAAUGAUUUACAAUGAAAGACUUCUGUGUGUUUCGUCAGCUUAUAGCAUUAGUCUUUAAUGCACAUUCCACAAGUUCUAUUCUUUGAUAAUUGCAGAACAUGCUAGCAAAUACUGAUUGAGUCAUUGUUUACAACUGUAUGAAUGAUUAUUAUCCAGUGAGCUCAUUUGCUUAUUUUAACAACCACCUUUUUAGUAAUAAGCACCUAUACAAUAAGCUGUUAAAAUCCUCAGCCAUGUGUACAGUGUGAGCACUCCAAAAAGGAAUUUCUCUUCCUGAAGGGAUCUGUUAAAAAAAAAAAAAACAAAAAAAAAACUGGAUACACCAUUUAAAUAAAUGGUGUUUAUCCAUUGACCAUAUGGUGACGUAUUGAUUCCACAUUGAGCUGGCACAAGUACAGAAGACUGCUCAAACUGUUAGUCUCUCCUUGAAUUGCAAGAACUGCAUUAAAGUGGGUGUCCACAGUACACAGAGCUCAUGGCAAGUAAAGGUGAUUACAUAAAGUUGAACUGAAUGUGUAAGCUAGACUUCCCCAUGUGACAUUAGGCAUGGAUGCUUGGUGGUCUAUAUUUUGGUCACCUUGUGAUGUAAGAAUCAGAAUAAUUACAUAUUAUACAAAAUAUCCGAUAUCCCAAUCAUAUAUAGGAAUAGAAAAUGGUUGGGGACAAUGUAAGAGGGAUUGGAGCAAUGCGGAUGCAAUGAUUAAAUGAACUAGAGGCCUAUAGAAAAUUAUUAUUAAUAAUAUUCUUUUAUAAAAUUGGGGAAGACCUUUAUUCUCACCCAUGCAAUUUGAGCAGUUCUGAUCCACUGCAACCAACCAAAUUCAAACCAAAGUUUGAAUUCAUGAACAUUGAUUUAAUUCCUACCAAAUUAACAGUGACAUCUACAGCAUUAAGGUCAAAUACAUGGCACAGCAGGACAGAUAACAACAUAUGUGAUGCUUAUUGUCAAGCACCUUGUAGCUGUGUGAAUAUGUAAAACUUUUUAUAGUCUGUCCUACUGUGCUGUUUAGUCCACAAAUUACAUUGCUGUGCAGUGGAUUUCUUAUUUUUUUUUAAUUUGGAUAAAUAAAAGCAGAUGUUAACCGUACUGAAGUUGUUAGUUGCUUUAUGCUUUACCUGUCCAGUUCAAAAAAACUGAAAUGCAACAUUAUACCUAUUCACUGCCCAUUUCAUGACAUUGGCACCAUAGCCUGCCGAACAGGAUUUCUUAUCCCAAGAAUGCCUCAAAUACUUUACACAUGCUCUGACCUGUGAGGUUAUUGCAUCACAUGAGCCAAGGUAUGUAUUCUGGUAGAGAUUGAUAUUCAUUCUAGGGAAAACUGUAUAAUUUUGUUGGUGAAAGAAAGAUUAACUGUAAUAUAACCUCAUUGCAUUUUAGUUUGUAAUGCGUAAAUAUAAUCACAUUCUAUCAAUGUCCACUUGUUGUUUUGUAGGAUUACAAAUGAUCAACUUUAACCCCUUAAGGAAUAAACUUCUGGAAUAAAAGGGAAUCAUGACAUGUCACACAUGCCAUGUGUCCUUAAGGGGUUAGAGUUGAUCCAACCCUUUGUAAGACAUCUGUUUCAUUUACCUUACAAUACCCUAUUGGGAAUGAGAGCACGUGUAUUUUAUAGUUAAAAGAAUACUUUAAUGUCAUGAAUAGAAACUUACAGGUCUGUUCCUCCUCCUUUUUAAUUUUCAGAUACAGAUAAGGUGAUUACUCGCCUUUUUCCACUGCUGCGCAGGUCUGGUCACAGAAGGCUCCAUCCCAUUUGGCUGAGAUCAUGAAACUUGGUGAUCUCAGCCAAUCCAAUGCUUUUCCAUAGGAGAGCACUGGGAGGCUAUUGCGCAUGUGCAGCAAAACACUUAUCUGUGCUAAACAGCAACUCCUUAUAGACAUAUUGACUCAAUACAUCCUUGAGGAGCGUUCAGUGUCUCCAUGCAGAGCUGCACACUGUGCAGCACUGACACAGGAGUGACUGCCACUGGUGUCCCUAGACAGUAAUGUAAAAACUGCCUAUUCUCUGAAAAGGCCGUGUUUACAUUAAAUUGCCUGCGGGGACAUGCUGUAGUCACAGAACACCUACAAUAAGCCGGAGUUGUUCUGGUGACUAUAGUGUCCCAUUAAGAAAAAAUACUAGACCUGUUUUAGAUGUUAAUCUGAGGUGUUUAAACUGGAAACCUAUAAAGCAUUGUCUGAUUUUGUGAUUUGUCCAUUUAUUUUCUUUCUUGUAUUGCAGAGGAUUCCUGCAGGAGUGCAUUGCUAGAGGUUCAUGUGAGAUCCUGCUUGUCGUUCGGAAGGAUGUAGAAGAAGCAAGACUCUGGAUUAAUGAUGUAGGAGAGAUGUGACCAUGAAACCUUGUUUUAACCAUGGACAUGUUUUUCUGCUUCCGCCCUCAGCUGUGCUGAGUUCUGCAACUAAAACUUUUAAGUUAUAAUACUGGGUCUGUCCCAUAGGUUUAUUUAUUGGAGCUGUAGCUCCGCUGCCAAUACAAGUCGACCUUGUAAAUGCAGAUAACCAUAAUAAUGCUAGUCUAAACUCUUGCAUUAAUAUGCAUUUCUUACAAUGCCUUAACUGUCUAGUCUUUUUCUACCACAUGCUGCAUAUUAAUAAGCCAUAAAAGCUGAAUAUUUAUUUGUAAUAAUAUUAAAGGUCUUUUAAAUGAACUCCAUGUUUUGGCCGAUCUUCUGAGUUUUGUUGAUGUAUCCAGAAGACAAGAGAAUUUGAGCUUUUUUUAAAUCUAAAAGGGACACUGGG